UUUAAAAUAACUUUAAAAAUUACAUCUAUAAAAUAUGUUGGAUAUUGGGCCAAUUGGCCUUUGGAGAAUAAAGAGUAGUUUGGGUAAUUAGGACCCAAAAAAAUACCCAUCAUAUCAUUUUUUUUUUAAAAAAAAAGGAAAAAAGAAAAAGAAAAAAAGGGUAAGUUUGGUUGUUUACAACUAAUUAAAAGAGCAGAACAAUCUAAAAAAAGUAAAUUAAGGUUAAUGGUGUAAAUUAAGAUAAUGAGCCGUUAGGGUUUUAGGUGUUUAGGGUUUUUCCUUUUAACUAUCCUUCUUUCUCUCUUCCCCUGCAAUUUCCCAUUGUCAAUUUCUAAGCCAAGGCGGCUAGGGUUUUCAAUUUGGGGUUCCCAUAUUUCGUCCAAUUAUUUACCCACUACUUUCCAUGUUCUAAUUCUCAGAUUUAUAAAGUUAUCAUUCCAAAAUCUCUUUUUUAUUUUAAUAUAUACUAUUAAGAAUUCAAUUAUAGUAGUACAAUUCUUUGUUUCUCUCUUAUCAAAUCUUCGCUGUAAUUUCCCAAUUCUUUGAAAUUCUUUGAUUUUUAUCUUUUUUUUAGGGUUUGGAUUGAUUUUGAUUAGUGGGUAUAUCAAAAGUUUCAAUCUUUGGUCUUAAUUUGAUCUGGGUUUGUUGAAAUUGAUUGAUUUUGCAUCUCAAUUUUUACAAAGAUGAGUUUUUCUGAUUCUUUUUCAUCGUUUGUACCUUUUUCAAAUGGAUUAGAUUCAAUGGGGUUUUGGCCUCAAUUUAAUGGUUCAAAUGAACAACCUGAAGUAAAUUCAGAAUUUGAUCAUGAUCUUCCGCCAUUAAAGAGGUCUAAGAGCUCAUCAGAUAACCUACCUAGCAAUCUUACUCAUAGAACACCUCAGAUGAACCCUCCUGUUAAUCAGCCAACUGGGAAAAUCUUCUUUAAAACCAGGUUAUGUGCAAAGUUUAGGAUGGGUCAAUGUCGAAACGGCGAAAAUUGUAACUUUGCUCAUGGUGAGGAUGACUUGAGAAAGCCUCCUCCUAAUUGGCAAGAACUCGUAGGCGGCCGAACCGAGGAUAGAGGCAAUAGUGGGAGUGAUAAUUGGGAGGAUGAUGAUAGAAUCAUUCAUAAGAUGAAGCUUUGUAAGAAGUUUUACAAUGGGGAAGAAUGCCCUUAUGGUGAUAGGUGUAAUUUCCUUCACAAAGAGCCUGCUAAGUUUAGGGAGCCGGCUCCGGUUCGAUUUAGGGAGAAUUCUAGGGAGAGCUCUGCUAUUAGCAUUGGUACUACAGGGCCUCCUAUGGUGCAGCAGCAACAAUCUAGGGUUCCUGAUCAAUAUGAUGUUCAUAGGAUGGUGGUGGCGAGUGGUAAUGGUAAUGGUAAUGUCAAUGGUGGUAUGGAUGUCAUGAGGGGGAAUUCGAGGCCGGUUUAUUGGAAGACAAAGCGUUGUACCAAGUUUGAAACAACAGGGCAAUGCCCUUUUGGGGACAAUUGCCAUUUUGCUCAUGGGCAAUCAGGCUUUGUUCAUUUUCCAGAGUUGUUGCUACCUGGUGGCCGUCCUGCUGAUGCUGAACCAGUGACAAUGAACUCUGCUCCUCUAAAACCUGUUUCUGCUCCUAUUAACGAUCCAACACCCACAAAGAUUGAUAUCGGGGUUCCCUCUGGACAUGAAGGUCAAGGAAAAAAAUGCCUCUUCAAAUGGAAAGGAACCAAGAAGAUUAAUCGCAUUUAUGGAGAUUGGAUCGAUGAUUUGCCCCUCAACCUACCUAAUCAAGUGGAGAGCUGAGUUUGAGUGUGCCAGUUUUGCUAGAAUCUCGUCUUUUUAGUGUCUAUAGGUACUUAUCAAUUUUAUCAUUGAUAUUAUCAUUAGGAUUUUUGGUUGUGUUUGCAAUUUUCUUAUGCUGAAGCCUUGUUUGAGGGUAGUAGGAAUUUUUUUUUUUUAUUUUAUUUUUUCCUUAGCAUAAUUUUGGGUGGAUGCCCUACCUUCUUAGGAGUUUUGUUGCGAAUUGUGACUUGCAAGUUGUAAUAUACAUAUAUAUGGUUGCUGAAUGCUAAUAGCCUAAUAUACAGGCAACAAUAGCUUAGUUCAGACUUCAGAAUUUCAGAGGUAUGUAUACUCUGCUUAUAAUAGAGGAAUUCUAAUAAAUGAUGGCUUUUGUUUUUGCAA